AUGUUGGACAUGGGAGAUAGGAAGGAAGUGAAAAUGCUGCCGAAAUCCUCCUUUAGCAUAAAUAGCCUGGUGCCCGAAGCCGUCCAGAGCGACAACAACCACAGCAGCCACAGCCACCACAACAGCCACCACCCCCACCACCACCACCAUCACCAUCACCACCACCACCACCCGCCGCAGCAGCAGCCCCAGCGAGCCGCCGCGGCCGAGGAGGAGGACGAGGAGAAGGGCCAGCUCCUCCUGCCGCCCCCCGCCGCCGCCGCCUCCGGCGCCCUGGAGGUGGCCAAGGCGGACAUGCUGGCGGGCAAAGGCGAUGCGGGCGCGGCGGCAACAGCAGCAGCGGAGCUGGAGGAGAAGGAGAAGGCAGCAGAAGAGAAGAAGGGAGCGGCGGAGGGGGCCAAGGACGGGGAGAGCGGGAAGGAAGGGGAGAAGAAGAACGGCAAAUACGAGAAGCCGCCGUUCAGCUACAACGCGCUCAUCAUGAUGGCCAUCCGGCAGAGCCCCGAGAAGCGUCUAACGCUCAACGGCAUCUACGAGUUCAUCAUGAAGAACUUCCCCUACUACCGGGAGAACAAGCAGGGCUGGCAGAACUCCAUCCGCCACAACCUUUCCCUCAAUAAGUGCUUCGUCAAAGUGCCUCGCCACUACGACGACCCGGGCAAAGGGAACUACUGGAUGCUGGACCCCUCUAGUGACGAUGUCUUCAUCGGGGGCACCACUGGCAAGCUCCGCCGGCGCUCCACCACCUCCCGGGCCAAGCUGGCCUUCAAGCGGGGUGCCCGGCUCACCUCCACCGGACUGACAUUCAUGGAUAGGGCAGGAUCCUUGUACUGGCCUAUGUCCCCCUUCCUUUCCCUGCACCACCCGCGGGCCAGCAGCACUUUGAGUUACAAUGGGACCACGUCCGCCUACCCCAGCCACCCCAUGCCCUACAGCUCAGUGUUGACUCAAAACUCCUUGGGAAACAACCACUCCUUUUCCACGUCUAAUGGGUUAAGUGUUGAUAGACUAGUCAAUGGAGAGAUACCUUAUGCCACUCAUCACCUCACAGCAGCAGCUCUGGCCGCCUCAGUGCCGUGUGGCUUGUCAGUUCCCUGCUCUGGCACCUAUUCCCUAAACCCCUGUUCUGUAAACCUCCUAGCAGGGCAGACGAGUUACUUUUUUCCCCAUGUUCCUCACCCUUCAAUGACUUCUCAAAGCAGCACUUCAAUGACGGCCAGGGCAGCCUCCUCCUCCACGUCUCCACAGGCGCCCUCCACUCUCCCCUGUGAGUCCUUAAGACCUUCUUUGCCAAGUUUUACAACGGGACUUUCCGGAGGACUUUCUGAUUAUUUCACACAUCAAAAUCAGGGGUCUUCUUCAAACCCUUUAAUACAUUAA